UUGAACAUUAAUUCGCUUCUUACAUGAACAGAAUAAUCGCCAGGACAUAGUAAUACAUAUUUUGAUAUAAAACCAAACAAGAAAAACCCUAACAUGUGUAGAAUGGACGUUGCCGUGUUUUUGAUAACAUUGUGUGUAGUUUUGCAAGAUACACUGGGCCAGGAGGACCUGUCAGAAAACGCGUUGGCUCAAGAAGAGCGGUCCGAACAGUGGUUUCAACCUCGUCAAAACCAACAGAUACUGAAUACCAUCAACUCCUUGCGACGCAUAGCGGCUUCGAAAGUAGGGGAAGGCGUUACUGCAUCUAAUAUGAAAAAGCUGAAAUGGGACAGUAUUCUGGAAGAAGAAGCUAAACUGUUGACAUCGUGUGAGCAGUUAUUGAACAAUGACGAAAGUGAAGCUUCCUUUAUGGAAUUGACCAGCAGUUCGACAUCCUUGUUUGAGGUGUGGGAAUGGGUUGAUGCUGCUGCAACCAGAGGCGUGUUAUCUAUUAAAAAUACGGUUGCCACCACUAUGGACGAGAUGUUUAGCGAGGUCUUCAGCGAGGGUGACAACUUCAAUUUCUUUACUCGACGGUGUAAUAAAGGAUUAAACUGCAGUCGCUAUCUUCAGUUGACUUGGGCUGAUGCGGAUCAGGUCGGCUGCAGCAUCAAUUCCAAAUGUCAUUACGAUGCCAACGUUCAUUAUCUAAGUUGUGUUUUCAAUAUCGAAGCGAAGGUGUUAGAAGAGCCUUUUAGAAUUGGUACCGAAUGCUCCAGGUGCCCGGACUCAGCACCUUUUUGCGAGGCAGGUCUAUGUGUUUCUUCCUGUGAACAGAGCAAGGACAGCACGUGUUUUUGUCCGAAGACAUGCGUUCACAAGGGAAUUGGUUCUGGCGUUCUCGACAAAACAAGUUGCACGUGUGAAUGCACUUAUGGCACUGGUACAGAUUGCCAAGAUGUUUGUGAAAAUAUUCAACUAUACGAAAACUAUGACUACUGUGCCGAAAUCAACACAGAAGAACACUGCGAAAAUGACAAAUUUCUGCAACUCCUUUUCUGCAAAGAAAACUGUGACUAUGGAUGCAAAAAAUCACCGUACGUUGUGGAGAUGAUUGAAGCAUCAGUGUUGAAGAAGUAAUCACGAGGACUGACGUGAAGGUAUAUACGAAUACUGCAUUCCAUCAAACGCGUCUCAUUAUCUGUCAUUGGAUGAUACCAGGAGAUGAACAACAUAUGCGACACAGACAACGACUUUAGAUGAUGAAAAUCUAAAUCGAAUAUUGUUACAUUAUCAAAAGUAACACUUUGUGCAAUCCAGCAUAAAGUGUAAGCGGGAGAUAUCAUUCUUAUAUCAAGUGAGGAAUUUGUAAACUCAUCAACUUUGAAGCCGUAUAAGGUUUUCUUUUGACGUCAUAACUGACGUCAGGUGACAAAUAUACCAUGAAGAUUACUAGUAAAAUGUUUUAUAUGUGAAAAGAUGUAAGGCGUUUCCACUAGAACUUGGAGAUGCAAACAAUAUAAUAAUAAUCAUCAUCAUCAUCAUAAUCAUCAUCGACAGCUUUACAAUUACCGUACUUAAUUACCUCACUGAUUUGACACUGUAUGCUGUAGUUUUCACACACACAUACAAAUACAUGUAUAUUUAUUAUAUAUUUGUUUAUUGUUUGCUAUUUUUAUUUGAUCAUAUUUUUCGUUUCUUAGGUAGGCCUAUGCCUUUCGAUUUUUAUUUUAUAAUAAUACCGGCAAUGUCAUAUUGUAUGCUGGGCCCCGGGAAAAGUAUAUUGAUUUCGUCGUUUUGAAAGACAAAAAGGAAGAAAAGCCCACUAAAGUUUGAAACGACUGGGGGUCCUCCUGGUCGUGAUUUGGUAGUACACCGAGAGACAAUCCCUAAUCUUUUCUGAAGAACUCACAUAUUGCACACGGGACCAACGACUUAACGUCUUAUCCGAUAGACGGUGCGUUUUGCGAUCCAGCUGAAACACAAAGAGAGCAGUAGAUGAUUGAGCAAGGGACCAAUGAAUCAACAAAUAUUAUUAUUAUAGGUAAAUACAGACACAUAUCGGUUGCCGAACGUUUCAUUUUGAGAACACGACUCUUUUUCUGGUCUAUGCUAAAAAAAACAUCAACUGAUCUUUAUCAUUAUGAAUAUAUAAUGUGAAU